AUGCACCCUACGGCCCUCCAUCUUCCGGUGGUUGUGGCCACUGUGCUGUGGGGCGCAGCUCCUGUCAGGGGGCUCAUUCGAGCAACUUCCGCCCACAAUGGCAGCAUGGACUUUGCAGACCUCCCAGCUCUCUUUGGGGCUGCCUUGAGCUGGGAGGGACUUAAGGGGUUCCUUGUGGAGUCUCACCCAGCCAACGCCUGCAGCCCCAUUGUGCCACCGCCCCCAGCCCAGGUCAACGGGUCAGUUUUCAUUGCACUGCUUCGAAGAUUUGACUGCAACUUUGAUCUCAAGGUCCUAAAUGCUCAGAAAGCUGGGUACGGUGCAGCUGUGGUACAUAAUGUGAAUUCCAAUGAACUUCUGAGCAUGGUGUGGGAUGAUGAGGAAAUCCAGAAGCAGAUCUGGAUCCCAUCUGUGUUUACCAGUGAGAGGAGCUCAAAGUACCUGCGUGCCCUCUUCGUCUACCAGAAGGGGGCUCAGGUGCUUCUGGUCCCAGAUGAUGGAUUCCUCUUGGCCUAUUGCCUCAUCCUUUUCUCUGGGGUUUUGGGCCUGCUAAUUUUGGGCCUGGGAGCGGUGGUGGUAGCUCAGUGUAUCCAGCUCCAGAAACAGCACGGGCGGAAACGACUGACCAAAGAGCAACUGAAACAAAUUGCUACACAUGACUAUCAGAAGGGAGACCAGUAUGAUGUGUGUGCCAUCUGCCUGGACGAAUAUAAGGAUGGGGACAAGCUGAGGGUACUUCCCUGUGCUCAUGCCUACCACUGCCGCUGUGUGGACCCGUGGCUCACUAAGACCCAGAAGACCUGCCCUAUCUGCAAGCAGCCUGUUCAUAGGGAUCCUGGGGUGGAGGAAGAGCAGGAGGAAAGAACUCAGGGGCAAGUGGGCCAUGAGGAAGGGGGCCCAAGUGGCCACCCUGCCACAGAACGGAUGCCACUUCUGGGCUCCAGCACUGCACUUCCCACCUCCUUUGGCUCCCUAGCCCCAGCCCCCUUUGUGUUUCUUGGGUCUUCAACAGAUCCCUCACCCUCUCCACCCUCCUCUUCCUCUUCGGCUGUCAUCCUGAUCUAA